AAUAAUUCCCGCUCGUUCUUCAUUCGAGAUCGAGAUCGAGAAAUCCAGAGCUCUCUCUCGAUUUCCAUCCUCGCCGGAGUAGGUCAUCGUCGAUGGAGGCCUUCAUCUCGGCGUUCUGCCGAUCGCUCGCCGUGUUCUGCAACCACGUUCAAUCCAGUUCCCAGGCCCUUUCCGACUCCAUCCAUCGGCGCCCAAUCCCUCUCGAUUCAGCGGCUUCCACCUUCUUGCAAUCCCUUGAUCGUCGCAUCUCCUCCACUGCCGAUGACCUCAACCUCCUUGAGUCCAUGGCCCUUGGCACCGUCUCGUUUGAGGAGCUUCUGGGGCACUGCAACGAGAUCUAUAAGAUUAAUCAAAGAUAUAUUUCCGAUCUCCAGGAGCGCAUGAUCAGCUUUGGCUAUGUCCCUGAGAUCGGGAUGGAUGAUGAGGAUGAUGAGCUCCCCUGCCUUGAUUCGAAGUUUUUGAGCCCGAUUAGUGGUUUGGAUAGGAAGGAGUUCUCUUGCGGUUCUGUUUCUAUUCUGCGAUCAAAUAGGAAGAGGCUCGAUGAGGAUCAAUUGUUUGAGGACUCAAUCUCAUUACAGAACCUUGGCCUCUCUGAUGCUGCCCUUGCUACUUUAGCCUCUGAAGAUCAGGAUAAUCUUGCUAGUCAUUCAACAUCCAUGACAGAUACAAUGAGCCGCAUAUCUGGUAAUAUGGUUUCACUUCAUCCCUUGAAAGAUAUCUCCAAUGUGUCAGAUCUACAAAAGGAUGACUGCAAAGUGGCCGAAGACUCCUCUAAUAAUUUGAUAAAGACAUCCAAGGAUGACUAUGAUAACCUUCCUGCCUACAUGAAGAGUCUUGCAUCAUGGCAGGACCUGGAAGAUGCUGUUGCCAAGAUGAAUUCUUACCUCUCCAACAAAUCUAGAACAAUAGGCAAUGGUGCUCUCAAUCAAGAUGACCUCGAAUUUCUAGGACUAGGACGCAAAGGACGGUCUUUUCUGUUGCUGCUCUUGCGCAUGAAUCAAUUGGUUGUUGAGAAUGUUGAUGGUUCUGUGCUGUACCGUGUUCGAGCACCAUGCUAAGAAUUGUUGUAAAACAAAAAUAACUAUAUCUUCCAAAUAAUGGCAAAUUAGUUUUCGAUAUUAA